AUGUCGAGCGAGGAGUUAAGUCAUGUUAAACGACGUAGGGUAGCAAGAGCCUGUGAUACAUGUAGAAGAAAAAAGGUUCGUUGUGAUGGUGUUCAACCCGGCUCCGAUCCACCAUCCUGUACAAAUUGUAAAGCUUAUGGUUACGAAUGUUCCUUCAUCGAUGCCCCCAAGAAGAGAGGCCCGCCAAAAGGUUACAUCGAAGCGUUGGAAACAAGGCUUCAACGUAUGGAGUCCAUUCUUGGCGGAUUGGUGCAAUCGGGAGACUUGCCUGAGGGGACAAUCAAUUCAAAUCUCGAGUGGAUUAACGUUAACGAGAGCAAUUUCAAGUCAUCCCACGACUAUUCCGACAGAGAUGGCUCAUUGCGAAAGUCAAGUCAUCGUGAUUCCUCCACACGUCCUACCGCCUCAUCGUCGAAAUUGUCGGCCUCCUCAUCCAAAGGUUCCGCAAAAUCACAUAAAACGUCCUAUGGUAACAGCGAUACCGAUGAAGGUUCAUCUAGUGACAGCAAUGAGUGUGCCGGUUCUCAAUAUGACCUGAACGACAGCAUGGGACAACUUGCAAUCGACGAAGGGGGUCACACUCGAUACUUGGGAAGCAGCUCCGGAGUGUUCGUGUUCAAGUUCACCAAGAGGAUCGGCAACGGUCAGGUCAUCAAUGUCCCUUCCGGAGAAUGGCAUACCCCAGCGAAAAAAAGAUCCAACGUGACGUUGGAACUUCCUCCCAAGGAAUUAUGCGAUCGAUUGCUGGACACAUUUUGGGCUCAAGUUCAUCCGUACAUGAUAUUCAUCGACAGGCAAGAUUUUAUGGAGAAGUAUAACAACAUAGAAGAGAAUCAUACCCAAAUAAUACUUCUCUAUGCCAUGUUUGCCAUUUCCGCAAAAUUUAUUGACGAUCCGGCCGUGCGCACAAAUCCGGACGUUCCUUCUACUGCAGGCGAUGAGUAUUUCAAUCGGGCGAAAGAAUUACUCAGGGAUGAGUUCGAUAACGCAACCCUGUAUACCAUUCAGGCGCUUCUAUUAUUGGCCGGACAUCAACAAGGCGCCAAAAAUUCAACCAUGUGGCUAUACGUUGGUCUGGCCACCCGUCUCGCUCAAGAUAUGGGGUUGCAUCGUGAUUCUUCAAAAUGGAAUCUCGAUAAAAAGAAAUCGGAAGUUCGUAAACGGAUAUGGUGGGCCUGCUUCCUGGCAGAUCGUCUCAUUAGCGCUACUCUGGGACGGCCGCUCGCCAUUAACGACGCUGAUUGUGAUGUCAGUCUUCCCGUCGCUGGCGCACUACCUGAUGAUUCGACUCAGUCCGUUGCAGGGUAUAUUCAUCUCAUCAAGAUCAUUACAAUCCUAGGAAGGGUGCUUUCACAUAUUUAUGGCAUCAAGGCCAAGAGGUCCAUAAAUGGCAACAACGAUAAUAUGUUGGCUACUUUGGAUGCGGAAUUGAACGAAUGGCACAAAAAUCUUCCGGAAGAUCUUAGAUUUGAUUUGAAGAAAACCUCUUCGUUCACGGGUACUGCGGAGAAGAGGCGAAUGUUCAUCCAUCUCGUAUAUUAUUCGAGUCAAAUUCUCUUGCAUCGUCCUCACAUCCGCGGACCAAAAUCCAACGCACCACCUUCAUCUAUCCCGUCGCUCACGAUAUGUACAAUGGCCGCCAACAAUAUCACCUUAAUCAUGUUUCGUUCGAUGAAAGAUGGAACCUUGAAGACCACAUGGAGUUUCUCGAUAUACUCAUUCUUUACUGCCUCCACCAUGCAUAUCAUAAAUGCUCUCAGCGGUGAUGACAGGUUUAGGGAAGUUGCAAAGCAGGGUUUGAGGAUGACGAUGAAAUGCCUCGAGUACUUGCGGCCGUAUUGGUUCGCAUCAGAAAAGGUUUUAGGCGUCUUCAACGAAUUAAUCAAAAUGAAGAAUAUUGAUCUCGACGGUCUCAACGUAGUGCCCGAUGCUGAGGAAAGAAAAUCGUCAUCGUCAAAAAAGAGAAGAUCGGGAGGUGGCGAUGCCGUUAAUGAUCAACGCGCGAUGGUUGAUGAAUCGAUUGAAAUGUCUGAUCAACCUAAUGUCGAAAACCCAUUUCUGUACCACGAUAAUUUAUUGGAAGUGCCACGUGUCACAUACGUGCCAUCAAAUUCAUCUUCCUCACCUUCAUCGCCUCAAGCUGGGGUCGGGGCACUGCCGCAACCACCAUCGUCGAUUCGAGAAUACAACGCAGCAAUGAGGAAACAACACAU